UUUACGUGGACAUACUUCAUUUGAAAAAGUAGCGUUUUUUUUUUAAAUUUCUCACCUUAUAUCCACGUAAUUACGUGGAUUUGGUGCGAAUAGACACAGCGAAAAAUGAAUGCACCGCCAACCUUCGAAUCAUUUUUGUUGUACGAGGGAGAAAAGAAAAUAAUCAAGGAACAAGACACAAAAGUUCCCAAUGCUGCGAUAUUCACGGUCAACAAAGAAGAUCACACCCUUGGAAAUAUGAUCAGAAAUCAACUUUUGAAGGAUCCACAAGUUUUAUUUGCAGGUUAUAAAAUACCUCAUCCUCUGGAGCAUAAAUUUGUCAUCAGAAUUCAGACUACUUCUGAUUAUACCCCACAUGAGGCUUUCAUGCAUGCCAUCACAGAUCUCAUUGCUGAGUUGUCGCUGUUUGAGGAGAGGUUUAAGGAGGCAAUAAAAGAGAAAAAAGAAGGUUUAGAUUAAGAUUAAAUUAUUUUUAAAUUGAUAAUGUAAAUAACAAGAUAAUUAUAAGGAUUAAGUGCUACUCGAAUACAUACAAUUUUCAAAA